AUGGAUAUAAAUUUGAAAGACCUCACCUACUUACACCGGCGGGUCAGUUUUCGUGCCCGUUUCAAGUCGAAAAUCGAAUUUUAUAGCUCGACAAACAGGAUCUCGACGAGAAGGAUGAGGCUGGUAAUUCAAUCAUAAUUGGUCAUUUGGAGAAGCUGCUGAUGACCUCGGAAAGGUACACAAAUGGAGCCUUAGCGCUUGGAGCAACCAUCAAACGGAUAUUGAUCUUGAUCAGGUGGGUUUUGAUGAUGCUUUGGGGGAUUUAAAUUUUUUUUUUUUCAGAGAUUGCAAGGAGACGUUGCCGCCGCGCUUUUUUCCACUCAUAAUCGAUUAUAUCAAGCGGGUUUGGGACCACAAAGUCGAUUCUGUGUGUCACGAUUCCAACGAGAUUUUUUCAACUGCCUUGAUUAUCCAUAAGAGGAGUUGUGCCGGGUGCAAAUCGUUCGUAUUGGACUGGUUUUUUCUAAAUAUUUCUCUGAAAUUUUUUGCUGACUUUUUGAAAGGAGAAUAGGAACAUUUUCAUGGAUGUCUUCAAGUGAAGAUCAGAUUUUUUUUUGCUUCUUGAAGGUCGUAUAAGCUUUUUGCUCUCGUUUGAGCAAACUACACAAACUUUGAUCAAACUAAACAGAUUUUGAGCAGACUAAAGAGUUUUUGAAAGACCAGGCAGGGUUUCUGCGUCUUUCAACGCCUAUAAAACAAAGAAUGACUGUUUUUCACGUAUUAAUGGGAAAAGUGAAGCGAUUCAAGAGAGCUAGCUGGUUUUUAAAGGCGAGAGGGACUCUUCUGGAUUACUUUUUUUCGCUGCUCGGCCAUUUUGAAUCUGAAAAUGUUUUUUUCAGGACUUUGUAGGAAAAAUAGCAUCUUUUUGCAUUUAAAGGUCUCUGAAAGUUUUUUGGAAAUUAUUAGAUUUUCAUUGUCAGUAUAUUCACGCGGAUACUUAAAACUUGUGUUUAAAAUAUAUUUACAAUAAAAGAAACGUGCAAAUAUUUUCCAGAGUACAGUCAUUGGAAACGAAAUUCGCCCCGAGUUGUCAUUGGGCUUUCACCGUCUUCCGCUGGCUUAUUUCGGCCGAUUUCCCCAACAAGUCUACUUAUAAGUGUUUGGUGUGUCGAAUUUUCCAGUAUUCAAAGUGUUGAAAUACAAUUUAUAACACUUAAAAGGAAUAAACGAAUAAAAAAUAAAUUCUUUGGAUUAGAUUGAAAAGCUCUAAAGCUUGAUCACGUGAAACUCCAAACAUCUGUUUUUUUUUUCAGAGCGCUUUCUUCACGGAUUUCCCCUCAUCUCUACGUCAACUCGAGGAGAAUGACAUUGAGACUUUCUACCGACAUCUCAACAACCAUUCUCUCGCCAAUUCUGUUCGAAAAUUCUCGAUUUUAAGUGACUUUUCGAAUUUAUUCCGAAGGUUUCCGAAGUUUUGGUCCAAUGUCUGCGGGAUCAACGCUGCUGGAGCCUUCAUAUUUAUCACAUUUGCCGAUUUGUCGACUACGAAAAGUGCUCGAUCGAUAUUCUCAAGGUUAUUGAUUGAAUUGAACUUUGAAAGGAAAUUCAUUUUUAGACCCGACUCAUCAAGUUGAUCGAAAAAGACGGAACUUUGACCGGUUUCCUGGAAGCUUUAUUGGCUAGUCUGACUGGUAGGCCAUUUCAAACGGGAAAUUAUGAGAAAAAGAGGGGAAAAGGCAUGAAAUUUAAGAAACGUGAAUUAUGAGUUGAUUUUUGAGGAAAAGAAGGGUUUGGUUAUUGAUUUUUGAAUUCAUAUGGUUUUUUCUUUUAAAAAACUUUAUUUAUAGUAAUUUAAUUUUUUUUCUCGAAUAAGACGUUUAUAAAAAACAACGCUAAAUCAGAUUAUAACUUAUGAAAUCUUGAAAUUUGUUUGCCUGCUUGCCGCAUGAUAUUUUGUCAUUUUCUCGCAGUCAGAAAUGAGAAGGUCUGCAAAAAGAGAAAAUGUUUCCUAGGAAGUACCAGCGCCAGGACUUUGGACACGGUUCUGGCCAUCGUCAGAUGCUUGAUUCGAGCCCAAAAAAGCGGAAAGCCCUUGGUGGAAAAACGAGAAUUCAUCAUGUGGACCCAAUAUAUCUCAUCCGAAACGAUGGCCUGUGCGAUUCUCCAUUCCGAUAUUCAUGUUUGUACCGAAACAAAGGGAAAAUAGGAUGAAAACGGCUUUUCAGGUGGCCCUUUCCGCGUUCAAUGUCAUUAUUGACCACCCAAAAAGGACUUGCGCGUUUGUUGAAUAUGAUUUGGAGUUCAUGAAGGUUUGUUUUCAAAUAGAGUUGAUUAUCUGAACAGUUAGUGUCUGUGAAAACCUUGUUUUACGAUUUUCAAAAAGAAAAAAAAUUAAAUUUUUCGCACAGAUUUGAGAAUCUGUAGAGCUGGAAAUGUUGAAUUGAAGUAGAAACCGCAACGCUCUUUUUAACUCAACCUGAAAUCAAAUGGCGCAGAACAAGUCUACGCCAAAUUAAAAGCUUUCGCUAUGAAAAGUUAUCGGCCUCUUGUUAGACGCCGAAGAAAUAAUCAAAAUUCAAAAAAAGGUUCUUGUGAAAUUUACGAUUUUUGGAAAGGAAGUCCGACCACAGAAGAGACGCCAGAGAAGUUAGAGUGUUUCUACUUCUCUGCCGUCUCUUCAAACACCGCGUAUCUCUAGCUUCCUCUUAGUUUGAGCCCAGUUUUCAAAACUUUCUUCUAUCAUUCUCUUUCAUAUAACUUUUUUGAUAGUUGAAGGUUAAGGUUUUUUUCAAAUAGCUAAAUGUAAAAUAUUAGAAAAAAAUCCUACGAGUAAUUAUUAAUUUUCUUUAUUUUAUUUAUUCUAGUCAAAUAUUGACGAGUUGUAGAACUAAUAAAGGGAUCCGUGCUUUUUCCAAGUUUCUGGAAACCUUGUUACAGUGAAAUUUGGAAAAAAAAAAUCAAAUUUUCAGGCCUUUUUUGUGGCCAACCUCUCCAGCCAGUUGCCUGGAGUCCGACAGUCCAUUUUAGCCGGCUUGAAAAAUGGUUCGUUCAGUUUUAACAGAAUUUUGAGAAAGCUUCAGAAAAUUUCUGAAAAAACAGGUUUUUACGCUGAAUUUGAAUGGAUUUCCUUCCGAAAAAGAAAUUCGGUUAAGUUUUCCCUUUUUUUAAUUAUUAGAGGAGAGAGGAAAGGGCGAGAAAAUUCAAAACUUGUUGUUGAAAAAGUCCAAGGAAACAAAAAAAAAUCAGACUUUCAGAGGAGAGUUUUAGAAUUUGUUUUACAGUUUUUGGUAAGAAAUAAAAGGGCUAAAUAAUUGAAAAUAUUAUUUGAUUACGUUCAGUAAAAUAAAAAUAUAUUUUCAGAUUGAAAUUCUUGAGUUCAUAUUACAAAUUCUGGUAAGAAAAUAAAUAGAAAACUAUGAAAAAAUGAUUCUAAAAGAAAAAAUUAGAGACCUUUAAUAGAGUUUUUGAGUUCAUUUUGCAGUUUCUGUUCAAAAUUCAAAAAGUUGAAAAGAGUGUUUACAAAUUUCGAAGAAAACCUAAAUAGGCUUUUCAAAAUGAGUUGGAGGAUUUUUUCAAACGUUGACGGAUCUUGGACACUUUGGAAAAAACUUUCUGCGAUUUUCCAGGCCCUCCAAAGGUUCAGCGAGUGCACGGAGCCGGUGUUGAAGAAGAUGCGCAAGAACGACAGUUUCUCGGGAAAGGACACGAUUAUGAUCGUCCCGGAGACGCAUUGCGUCGGCAGUAUGCAGCGGGAACGCGUCGAAAUCUGCGACGCCGACGAAUUUUCCGACGAGAAUACGGAUGGCGUCGACGACGUCAAACUCUACACGUCUUUCGUUAGGUUAGGCGGGGCAAAUACAAAAAACCGAUUUUCUUUUAAGUCAGGCGCUUUUUUGUGUAGUUUGAACUCACAGAUAAACUAGAUUAGACUGAUUGAAAAGGAGCGCCCAGAGAAAAAAGACGCCCGCUCUCUCAUUUUUGAACGCUCCCUUUUUUAAGGGUGGAACGUAGACUCGUUUCGUGCAAUAAAAUCCGAUGGGAUUUCAAGAAAUAUUGUUAUUUCCGUUGAUGACUUUUGUUUGAAUCUCCGCAUUUCUCAGAUACAUCUGGGACCGUUGCUUCGACUCCCUGGCACCUGAAGGGAAUUUCAAUCGUCGGUUGAUGGCCCUUUACACUAUCGAACUGCUUUACAACCGAGAUUUGUACACGGCCAACGGGAAAAGUACACAAAAAAGCGCGAAUUCUCUUGAUUACAUGAUUUUCAGCCGGUUUCGUGGAUCAUUUGAACUUGAACGGAACUCUGAACUGUCUGAGAAUGUAUGCGAUUAUCAGCUGCCUGGACGAUUCCUAUGAGUUGAUCAGAACCAAAGCUUUGAGUAUUUUGAGGACCUUGGAGUAUAAAAUCGAAAUGGUGAGCGUUCUACUAAUAAGAGCGGUUCUGGUCUCAGUUUUUUUUUUCCUGGGUAGUUUGAAGGAAGACGCUCGGAAAACGAGAAAUAUCAAUUUGCAGGUUCUCGAGAUAAUAUCGAAGAUGAGCAAUAUCAAAAAUCUUUUUUUUCCGCUCUUUUUGGUGGAAAAAGUCUUCUGAAUUAUGAUAACGCCAGCUUGAAUAAUUCGUAGGAUUUUUUGGUGAAAAAAGUCUGACUUGCAAUAAUGCCUUGAACGAAUAUUAUUCUCAAGUUCUUAAUAAUUCAAUUAAAAGCAGUUUUUAAAAUUUUUUUCGUGAAGCCUCAAGUUUCACAUUAUACAAAAAUCGUGGAAGAGAAACAAUGUCUGAUGCGUCAUAACCCGAGAAAAUGAUGCAGCUUUUUUCUUUAGAUUCUGGAUAAUUUUGUGCUUUUUAGUGUUUGUUUUUUUUCGAAUGACCGCAGAGUUUUGAACCAGAUCCGCUUUAUUCAAUAGUUUUUGGUUGAACUUUGAAAUUAAAUCAAUCAUUUGUUCUGAAGGUAGAAGAGGAAUAUAUCCAACCUUCGGAUGAACUGACCGCUUCUGUCAAUGAUACGUCGACAUCGGCUUCGGCUUGUAGAAUGCAGGUGCCGUUUAUUUCUUCUUUUAACUUAGUUUACCGCUUGAAAGAAACACAAAAUCUUUUAAAAUCAAGCACCCAUCCAUCGAAACAGAUUUUCACACGUUUUACUCUGACAUUCACACUGAACAGCAAUGCCGUGUUUAAAAGAGUUUGAAAUAAACGUCAGAGAGGAAGAAAAGAUAACUGAAUUCGAGAGUGUCAGAGAUAGUUUUGCAUUUCCUUUUUUUUUCUCAAAGCUGUUUUGUACUCUCGUUUUAGUUGUACAUGAGUCAAAAUCCGCAUCGGUUACAACCGGUCCUCGAACUAUUGGCCGAUACGGUGAUCCCAGCUAUCGAGAGAGCUUCCGAAAACUUGGUUUGUAACUUAUUUUUCUUGAAAUCAAUCGAAAUUGAACGUUUUUUCUAGACGAACAUCAUCGAAACGCCGGUCCACACGAAUUUGAGCCUUCUGGCCGAUUUGAUGGAGAACACUGUGGAUAAAAAUUAUUUGGCAGAGUGAGUGACGGGAAAAAAGUUUGGGUUAAAUUUUAUUUCAUUUGAUGGGAAAAAUUUUAGCCACCACUAUAUUAGUCAGACCAGUGGCCCCUGAAAUGGCUAAAAUUUAGUAACCUCUUAAGAAGUCUGAAAGGGUAAUUCUAGAAAACUAAAAAAUUUCAAAGGCCUUGAAAAAAAGCUGAUCAAAAACUUCUAUAAAAGUGGUUUUAGUGUCCUUUCAAGUGUUCGACGAGGAUCCCUUGAGGGACCUCUUAUGUGACCACUAAUUUCUUCAUUUUUUUCCUUAGUAUUUUACAUCAAAGCGUUGCAUUAUUUUUUCAGAUCUAUGGAAGAUCCGGAAAAACGGCAAUGGUGGUCGAAUUUUUGCAACAAAAAGCUUCUUCCGCCGUGCUUCAAGGCUGCUGACAUUGUAAAAAGAAAUAUAUUUUUCCCGAAAAUUAGAUUUUUACUCGAUUUUCAGGUCAUCCCAGUAGUUCAUAAUCCAAAUCCGGAAGGUUACAUCCCUCAGGAUACUCUGGAAGAUUGCUGUGAGGAGGAAUAAUCGAGAAAAAUUGAAAAAAUUGGUAUUUUUAGUUCCUUCUUCGGUCGAGGAACAGGCCGAUUUCGCGCAAAGGCUAUUGGUGUGCUGCUGGAGAACGCAGAGAUUCGUUUCCCAGAUUUUCGGAUGGGUUUUCGAAAAUGUUCGUGCUUCAAAAACCACGAAUAAUGAAAAAAAAAUGUUGUUUUUGACGAAAAAAUUCAGACGUGAGAGAUCAACACGACUUGAAGAGACGCCAGAGAAAGAGGAGUUUUUUGACUUCUCUGGAUUCUCUCACGUCGCCGUUGUCUCUCUCUCUCUCUCUCUCUCUCUUUUUUUCUUGUGUUCAAAGGGGUCAUGAUUUUUUUAAAGGAAAUUCUUAAAAUUAAUAUUUGAAAAAAAUGGAUUCUUCAGUUGGCUGAGUACGGGAUCGUCGAAGUGGAGAAUGUGAAACGAGUCGGCGAUUUUUAUCUCCGGGAACUUACGCAGGGAAAACACAAAGGCGCCUUCGAAACGUCGGUCGACGGGUAGGAAAUCGUAACUUUUCAAAACUCCAAGAUUUUUAGAUUCGAAAAACUGUGCCGAUUCUUGUGGAAAUCCACGAAUGAGGAACAUCCAAAGCCGAUAAAAUGGCUCGAGGAGAUCAUGGAUGUCGAGGAGAACAGUCAGAGUGCGUUUUUGAGGGGGCAAUGAAUGGAAAAUCAUAGAAAAAAAGAGGAAAAAUUUCAGAGCUUGAAGAAAAACUCGAAAAAAGGCUUGUGAAAAUAGGUCUUCGGGGGUUUUUUGCUUUGAAAGUAGCACAGAAAAUUUUUUUUUAAUCUUAAAAUUUGAUUAAAAGUUCUGCGAUUUCAUCAAGGUUUGAACCUGGAAAAAGCGUGACUUUUAGGGCUUCUAAGUCCCUGUUCAACACGUCGAAGUGCUGGACUUCCGUAUCUCGUCGUGGCUAUCACAAUCACCGAACCCGACGGAAGUAUCUCAUUUGACUAUGCGAUCGAGUGUCUUUUCGAAAUGACCAUGAAAAGCUUGGAUUUGAGGUUUGAAAUUGAAAAAGAAAAAAAACAUUUCACAAUUUUUCAAACUUUAAAAAAAACCUGGAUCAAAUGUCUUAAGGAAACGAGCAAAAAUAGGGAGAUUUGGAAAGGAUGUAAGAAAAAAGGUCUCCUGAGAAAAGCUAGAGAGGUCAUUAAAGUGACUACCCUAAGGAUUCUUGCUGGUUCCCCUCAAGGGACCACUUUACCCUCCUUUGUAAGGGCCAACGAAGCUUGCGAGAAUGGCAACUCUGGGGGUUUUAGAACUACGGAAAAAUAUUGAUAAAGAAUAGAAUUUUUUUCAACUUUCAAAUAAGAAGGUCCUUAUAGAGACAAGUUGAGCUUUAUGACCUUAAGGUCAGAUCCUAAACCCCUUUAGAGAUCAACUAAAUUUUAGCCUUUAAGAGAGCUUUUUUUUUUCUCCCUAACCCCUAUAGGGAGCACUCUGGCUUUGCUAAAAAAAAAAAGAGAUCAAUUAAGAAACAAAUGGAAGCGUGAGAGGGAACUUUUCGGGAAGAAAUAAUGAGAAAUAGCGAGUUUUUGCAGGAUCCACGCCAUGAACAUCAUGAAGGGAAUGGUCACCAAUUCUGGCCUGAGCGAGCCGAUUUCAAUGUUCUUGGAGGUUUUUUUUUUGAAGUUAAAAAAGAUCGAUUAGGAGGAAAUGUGAAAUUUUUAAUCGCGAAAAACGGCGUCUUCAAAGAAAUUUCGCCAAGUUUAAAAUAGCCGUCAGAGAGGGACAAAGAUAACUGAAUUUUCGAGAGUAAGAAAUCAUUUUUAAUUACUUUGAACAUGGCAUAAAGGAUCGAAGUAUUGAGUAAAGUCCAUUUGGACUCGACUUGAAUUUGUCAGAAUUGCCUGCGCUCUCUUUUCUCUCACUGGAGAGAUCAUACAAAGUAGAAAUCUGACUCAAAAUGACCAUAAACAAAUAUAGAUAAAUAUUUUUCCAGUCCUUGCUCUUUGUCGCGUUGAAAGGCUGCUGCGCGGUCGAUUUCAUCGAGCGGAAUUCGGCUUCUCAGUUAUUUUCGGCCUUGAGAACUCGUGUCUUCGGAGUGACCCGAUCUGCUGUCAGAAGUUACAACGCGGAUCCGAAAAACCGCCAGAGUGGCUAUGAAUUCUUCAACAAGUACGGCUUUUUCGAGAAAAUCGAGCUUGAAAUUCGUCUCAUUUUCUCAAAACUUCGGAUUUUUUCAUCUAUAUUUUUCCAUGUUCCAUACAAGAAAGAGCUUUGAAAUGGCAGAAGUCUUUUCAGAUACCCUGAACUGUACUCUUUCAUGGUCGAACAGCUGAGGACGAACUCGAGUCCGUUCGCCGUAGUGCCCCCUUUAGUGAUCCUGUCGCAUCUCUAUCCGACGACGGCUUCUGACGCCAAAUAUCCGCUGGCGCCAUUCGUUCCCCUCUGCUUGCAUAUCGCGAUUCGCAACAAGUUCGAGCACAUUCGGACCCAGGCCGUCAUCGCCUUGCUCAGCAUCUCCGAUUCUGAGGUUCUUUUUCGGUUUAAAAGUGAUUAUUAUGAGAAAAUAAUAUGAAUGCACUCUCAAAAAGAGGAUUUUAAGAAAGAAAUUUAAAUUUUUCUCAGUUUGAAAGCAAUUAAUAUAAUUCAUCCUUUUUUUUCUCUCUUCAAAAGCUGAGAAAAACAUUUUUCCUGUGAAAUAAAAAAAUCUUAUAUUAUCAACCAAACUCUUAACAUAGCAAGUUUGAAAAAACGGUUUUUUCGAAGUUUCAAUUUUUCGUGGUUUUUUCUGUUAACUUUUCAAUAAAAAUUUUAAGUAGAAAAAUCUUUCAGACAUUCAAAAAUUUGGCGUGUUGGAUCGGCGAAAUUCAAUUCGGUUGGAUACGGCAAAAUCACAUUUUCACUUCCCUCCAAAUCGUCCGCGGAAUGUACGCCCAAGACCAGUCUCGGUCAUUUCUCGCCAAUAUCGUCUCGGAAAUCGUCAGGACCAAGAUUUGGCUCAACUGGUCCCUAUUGUAACUCUUUUUCAAAGGGAAUAUUGGAGAUUUUAGGAAAGAUUUUGUCGUCAGCUACCUUUUGAAGCUCUGCAACAAGUUCAACAUCGAUUUUGACAUGGACGACGUCGUCGUAGAGAAACCCGUCUUGGUUAAGGUAAGAUUUGGAAAUAGGGCCGUUUUUCGGAUGGUGGUUGUGCGCUAAGUCUUUUUUUUUUGCUGAAAACAUUCGAUGAACGAAAGAAAACUCGGGUAAUUGUUGAGAAAACCUUGUUUUAAAGACAUAAAGUUAUAAAAAAAAAUUCAUUCGAUAAAAAGGCGAAUUUCGGGCGGUCGUUAUGUUCCAUCGCUAAAUUUUUUUUUUAACCAAAAAAAUUUGGCUUCUUUGUAAGCAAGCUUCGUCUUUGAGGCUGAAAAUUGGAAAAAAAAAUUGAAGGAAGGCUCAUUCCAAGUGCGACCGUUCAAAAAAAAAAAUUUCUUCAAUUGGAAUAUUCCAGCGACCGAUCGCAGAAAGGUUGCUCCGUUCGAAUGACGUUCUGAAAGCGGAAUUGAGCCCGUGGCUCAAGGACUACGAAACUCGUCGCCAGUGUUUCAUCAUCAUUCAAAAGAAGGGCUGGGACUUUUGCAAUAAGGUCUUUCUUUCUCGGUUACUGUGCGAAACAAUGGUUUUUUUCAGUAUCUGUGGGCUCAAAUGAUCAAUUUGGCGAUUCGGGAUCUGCCUGAAGCGCCUCAGCAAGUCGACUCGGCCAGGGUAGGCGGAAAAAAUCAUGUAUAAUCUUCUGAAACCGAGGAAACGUUUAUUUAAAAGGUCGUCAGAAGUUUGAUGAAAAAAAUAAAAUCGAUAAAAAAAUUUAUAAAAUACUUAAGGUCGGCAAAAAAAUCUUUCGAAAAAAAUGUGAUAAAAGUAGAAUUUUUUUGAGCGAAAAACUCGCAGUAAAAAUGUAUCAAUUACAACCUUACAGUUAUUUGUUUUCCAAAAUACCCCAAAACAGUUCUAAAAUCAAAAGUUGGGCUCGUAAAUGUUUCGAUAUCGAUCUGUUUGUUUUAUAAAGGUGUUCAGAAACAUCAGCUAUUUAAAAAUUGUACUUUGAGGUUCGAUUUUUUCGAAAAUUUCCACGACGAUUGCCUUUUUUUCGGCAUUUUAGUCACCCUUUUUUUGGACUUUGCUCCCCUUUUUUCCAUGAACCACAUCUUCGAAAGGAUUUCACGACAAGGUCGGAAAUAUUUUCCAGAUUCUCAACCUGCUCUACCCCAAACACACGAUGAUAACGGAAGAGUCCCGCGAAAAACUCUGUCAAUUCAUCCGCCAAGAGCUCUACUCGGAAACUUCUCUCUGGAACUUGUUGGUCCCGUUUUUGGGAGAAGAUUAUCAUCAAGAGCUUCAAGAUUCACCAAAUCGACGGCCUGCAAACUGCUCACAAAGCUGGAAAUGCCUUCGGCCGACGAGAGAGAAGCCUUGUUGGAAUGGAUCAACGGAUGUUCGGAUGUCGACGAGGAUUCCACUCGAUUGGUUUAGAUUUCUUUUUUUCCAGAGCUGAAAUUCUUGAAAAGUCGGUCCUUUCAGAAGGUUUUUAAAAGAAAUUCUGAUAGUUUUAAGGCGGUGUAACUAUUGCAUUCGCUUCAGGAAAAAAAAAUUGUCCCUUUUUUCGAGUUUUAUAAUCGAUUGUUUGGAAGUUUUUUUUUCAAAAGGCCAAGGCUGGAAAACUCAGUUCCUUCAAAAAGGCUUUUAUAGAAUUUUUCGAAAUUGCCUUUUUGACAUUUUAAUGCCGUUUCGGUUGGAGAGUACUCAUAGCGUCUAAUUGCCGCUCCGGAAAAUUUCAAAAGAUAUUUGAAAAUCGUGCAAAUUCAAUGGGUGGAUUCUCUUCGGUGGAUGUGUCUAGAAAACAUUGUCACUUCAGAAAAAAAUUUUCAAAAUUGCCAUUUUUCAAGCCUAAAACGGCCUGUAUAUUGGUAGAUAAUAGAUGCUGAUAUUUCAUAAUUAACGAAAUCGGUUCAAAAUCAAUAUUUUUUUUAUUGCUAUUGUUAGAAUGGUUUUUUUGGGAUUCUUUUUUUUGUGACUCUUUCAUUUUUCAUAAUUUUCGGGCAUAUUUCGUCAGAAAUAAUUCGUAAAAGGCUUCAAGCCAGGUUAAUUUUUUUUUCUUUUAGAAUGCUCUUUGUGUGGCUCGGGACCUGUCUUAUACGUUGAAAAACAAUUGUGAUGAUGUUACUAAAGGUGGUCGCUUUUUUUUCAAUUGAAUAUAUUUUUACUGUUUUAGAAUUCAAGCUAUCGUUCAUUAGGACGGUUUCCCUGUUCCUGCAGGACUGUGAACAUGAAAUUCGAGAAAUGGUAGGUUUCAGGACCCCUCAUAAAACUCGAACAGAACACAUCAAGAAAGUUCAGUCCAUAAUUGGUUCAUCCACAAAAAUUCUAUUGGACAGUUGAAUUUCUAGAUUUUCGUUUUGUCUUUCGAAGCAAGUUCAUGAUGUUUCUUUUUUGAAGGCGAAUUUAACCGAAAUUGAGGUAUAUCUCUAAAUUAGGAACGCCGGAGGGGUCCCUUUAGUGGUGGCUCCCUUUCGAGUUCGCUUCUUGAAUGAAAAAUAUCAUUAGAGGAAUAAUCUAUCGAAUGCUCAAAAGUAGGUCACAGCUGAGUCUGAGCAUAAUCAACGAAUUAUCGUAUUCCUGAACUUUUCUUGGCCAAGUUAUGAUCGGUGUCUUUUUUCAGGCUUCCGAGGUUUUGAGCCCAUUCCUGGGCGCUCCAGCCGGAUAUGUACUGAAUCCAUUCGUUUGCCGGAUCCUCGUCGCCGACCAUACAGGCGACUACACGUGUGACAAGCGAUUCGAGGACGAUCUCAUCCCGAACGAACCACUUUCGGUCAACUUUUGAUUUGCAGAGUAGAUUUGGGUGGACAAUACGAGUGAACCUUUCAAAGAAAAUUGAAAACUAUUAUUUUCGCGAUUAAUUUUUUUCAAAUAAUAAUAAUAAUUUAUUCACAAAUGAGUGUGAACCCCAACGAUUCCAUUUGGAUCUACAAUCUAAAUAAAGAAAAAAAAAAGCAAAAACGUAGUACAAAUUAAAAUCAGUUAAGUCUCAGAGGCGAAAAACUCGUUACUAGAUAACGACCGCUGUUUUUAGAGACUUUGGGUGAAGGCUGAGCUGAUACUUGAAUUUGAGUUUAUUUUUUUGACGAUAGUCUCUAAAUUUUUGUCUUCUGAUUUCAAAAUAAUUUUAAACCAGAAAACUUCAAAUAAAAAAAUUUGUAUCGUAAUUUUGCGUCAAAAAAACAGCGCCGCGUAUAAAAAAAUUAUAGAAACUGUUUUUUUCUCAACAUUCUUUCAUUAUUUUUUGAAUUCCGAGGUUCGCGCAAAAAAACCGCGUUCAAAAAAACCAUCUUUCAAUCCCCGGGCCGACCCGAAAUUUGAAACAGUCCGGGCUGACCCGACUCGCAAAAAUAAGAAUGAGUCAAAAUGUGGGAAGUGGGUAAGGAACAAGCUCGUGGAAAAUUUUUAAAAAAUGGCUUUUUCGAAAAUAUCGCCCCGGGCUGACCCGCUUUCUCAGCAGAUCUGCACAGAUUGAUUUUCCGAAAUUUUUCCUUUCCACUUGAAAACUGUUCAGGAAUCGGUGGACCGCGACGCGUUGUUCGCCGCGUGCGCCGAGAACGGCUACCGCGAGCAGAAAUAUUUCGGCGACGUCGAUCUCUUCAAAGACAUUUACAAUCUGAUCGACCGCGCCCCCAGCAGCUUUAUCUUCCCCGAGUGUGACUGA